UCAUUCGCACCAUUCAUCACUCAAACACCCGAAUUUUCACGGCAUCUAUGUAAAAUUCAGCUUUGCUUAAAUCCCCAACCGUCGCAGUUUCAGUAUCAUCUAAAAUCGGCACCACUACUACAAGGUAUAGAAUGGGGUGGUAAUGAAUAGAGAAAAAUUUGUAGCAUUUUCCAGAAACGAACAUACUUAUUUAUGAGUGGAAAGGAAUGUUUACAUUUGAAUGAUGGGAGAUGAUAAAAGUACUUCCGUGCUCUUCAUUCUUAUUCAACCCUUUUUCUUACUCUUUUUGCUUCAAAUUCCAAAGCUUAACAUACACCAAACAACAAGCUCCAACUCUAUACAAUAUUAUCAAUCCGAGAAAAGUACGGAAUGCUUGCUGUCUUCAAUUCCACACCGACCCAAAUACAGAAUCAGUUGCUCAUUCUCUCAUAUGCUGUGCAAUGUCUUGUUCUUCUGUCUCUAUUUGCCGGGUAAGUCAUGGCCGAGUAAUCAAAUCUUUGAAUUUCAGUGAUGGGUUCAUUGGUGACCGUUUGGUGUCUCUUUAUGUCAAAUUGGACUGUUUAGAAGACGCACAGAAUCUAUUUGAUGAAAUGCCAAACAAAGAUUUGGUCUCUUGGAAUUCAUUGAUUUCAGUGUUUUCACGAAGAGGGGGUGUGAGUGAGUGCCUCAAUGCAUUUUUUAGGAUGAAAUCGGAUAUGGGUUUGGAACCAAAUGAGGUGACCCUCAUAUCUAUACUUUCAGCUUGUACAGGUAUGGGGGCUCUUAAUGAAGGGAAUUACAUUCAUGGUUUUGUAGUGAAAACAGGUCUACUGUUGGAAUCCAAAGUAGCUAAUUCUCUCAUUAACAUGUAUGGGAAGCUUGGUUUUAUAGACUUGGCUAGUCAAUUGUUCGAGGCAAUACAAGUACCAAAUUUGGUGUCUUGGAAUUCAAUGGUUAUGGUUUAUGUUCUCAAUGGGUGUUCUGAGGAAGCAAUAGGCCUUUUUAACACCAUGAGAGAGGCUGGUGUUAAGCCUGAUCAGGCUACUGUGGUAACUUUGCUUCAGGGUUGUGCAAAUAUAGGUGUUGGAAAUCUAGGUGAGGCCAUGCAUGGUUACAUCAUCACUGCUGGUCAUAAUGCGGAUAUUAACAUAGCAACUGCACUACUAAGUUUUUAUGCUAAGUCAGGAAGAUUAAGUGCUUCGGGAGAGGUUUUUAGAGGAAUGGACGGUCCUGAUAGAAUAGCUUGGACUGCUAUGCUAGCAGCCAAUGCUGUGCAUGGCUAUGGCAGAGAUGCAAUUGAGCUCUUUGAGCUCAUGGUUGAAAAAGGUCUGCAGCCGGAUCAUGUUACUUUCAUUCAUUUAUUAAGUGCCUGCAGUCAUUCAGGGCUCGUUGACGAGGGAAAGAGAUACUUUGAGGUGAUGUCUACAGUUUAUAGGGUUGAGCCAAAGCUGGAUCAUUAUUCGUGCAUGGUUGAUCUCUUUGGUAGGUCAGGAAAUUUGAAAGAUGCACGUAUGAUGGUUGAAAGAAUGCCUAUGGAACCAAAUGCUGGUGUUUGGGGAGCUCUUCUUAAUGCGUGUAAAGUUCAUGGUAACAUAGAACUUGGAAAAGAAGCAGCAGAAAAAUUGUGUGCUCUAAACCCGUCGGAUGGUAGGAACUAUAUCAUGCUAUCAAAUAUAUAUUCUGCAGCUGGGCUGUGGAGGAAUGCUUCAAAUGCCAGGGUUUUAAUGAAGGAAAGAGAGGUUGUGAAAACCCCCGGUUGCAGUUUUAUUGAACAUGGGCACAAGAUCCACCGGUUUGUGGUGGGUGAUCGAUCACACCCACAGACGGACAGGAUAUAUAUAAAGUUGGAAGAACUUCUUGAAAGAAUUCAGAAGGCUGGAUAUUUGUCCAAAACAGAAUUUGUUCUACAUGAUGUUGGUGAGAAUGUUAAAGAGGAUAUGAUCAACAAGCAUAGUGAGAAGUUGGCUAUUGCGUUUGGUCUUCUGGUGACCGGGGCAGGCAUGCCAUUAAUUAUAACUAAGAACCUCAGAAUUUGUGGUGAUUGUCACAGCAUGGCAAAAUUUGUAUCACUUAUUGAGAAGCGUAUGAUCAUCAUUCGAGAUACAAAGCGGUUUCACCAUUUUUCUGAUGGAUUAUGCUCUUGUGGAGAUUACUGGUAGUUUGGUUUCCAUCAAGCAAGAGCAAUUCUAGGGUGUCACAUGGUCUCUGUUCCCAGAUCAACAUGACAUCGAUGGGCCUGAACUCGGUAAGCUAUUAACUUUCUUGUACCUAAAACAUAAGGGUUUUUUUGAGUGUGGGUACAAUUUUUUAGACUUAUUUGAACAAAAGUAUAUAAAUAAGUUGUUUAGUCUAUUAAGUACAAUUUUAUUAAAACUUUUUGUAUUUAGGUACAAAAUUCAAAUAAAUUAAUAACUUUUUUA